AGAAGAGAGACAGCUGACUCAACUCCACAGAAAAGCUUUUUCCUCGAAACUUCGGAGGCUUUUGUCCCUAAAACACCUGCCAGAUAUCUACCCUGAUGUUCUUAACCUCCUCUACUACACCAGUGUCUGCAAGUUCCUGGAUUCAACUGCUACAGAUGGUGUCCAAAAAUUGCCAAGGGGCAAAAACCAACUUAACAUGCAAGAGAGAGAGUACGGACAGCUCAGAUGACUCCACUAUGCGUGUGAAUAGCCCAGAUAAAUUCUACCUCAAGUCCUCAACUGAAACCCCACGUGUGAGCAACCUAGAAAACCGAUAUUGCCUGAAGACAAAGAAAGGCAGGGUAAAGAUUUCCUCUAAAAGGAGAUUUUUAGAAGAGACGAGUUCAUCACAAGAGGAGGACUUCGUCGAGGAACCACAGAGAUGGACCAUCGUCAAUACCUUUGAGACCGAAGAAUGGGAAGUAUCUCCUGUAGCUUCCAACGAGGGGGAAGGACGUGUGGAGGUAAAGAUUGAAGAUGAAACUCUUGAUAUUGCUACCUGGCGUCGACCUUUGACCUCUGAUGACUUUUCUGAGAGUAGCGAUGAAGAGACCGAAAGCAGAUCAUAUCUGUCAUAUCAGAGCCACAGGUCCAGCUCGGCAGAAUCUCAGGGCUUAUCCAAAAGUUCCUCCAGCAUGGUCCUCAAGCUGAGGAAAGUCUUUUUCAAUGAGGGCCACAGAGGCAGAGUCACUCACUACCAGAAGGUCACAGAUACUUUGGAGGCUCAGGGAGGUUUGCGUGGCCAUGACAGGCUUAGAACCGUCAACAGAGACCAUUACAGAAAAAAGAAACCUGAAUCAUCCCGGCACAAAAGACACCACACAGACCGAUUGCGUAGUUCAUACUCCCAAAACUGUUCCUAUGUUUCGAAAAAACAUCACUCAAAACGGAUGCGCAGAUGGUUUCUUCGUUCUGCUGCGCAGUCUGGUCGCUUGGCCGUGGAGAACAGAUAUCCUGACCUUGUGGGAAAGAGGAUCCGGCAUUUGUAUGAGGAAAAUGACAAAACGGAAGUGUGGUAUAGAGGAGUGGUGCUGCGUAUCCACGAGCCACAUAGCAAUCCACUGAAAACCGUGUUUGAGGUCAAAUACGAUAGUGAGCCUGAGUGGCGGUACUAUCUUGAGCUGCUGUUAGACUACAAGAAAGGAUGGUUGAAAGUGGAGGACUAAAUAUUGAUUUUGUUUUUUUAAGUUUGUAGGGUAGUAGUAAUUUUUGUCUGUUAUGUAGUUUCUUUGCACUUUAGAUUUAAACUGAAUCUAUGACCAAUGAACCUGUUUUCGUAUUUCAGACUUAUACUUUAGGAAUCGUAUAUCCGACCAGACAACUUUAAUUGUAGGUGACAUCAUCUGCACCAUGUGUUCAGAUUUAACUCAUACAUUUCUGUAUGUACUCAUGUUUUGUCAGUGAUGUUUCAGUGGUUAGCCAACAUUUCAAGCAGUUAUGAUAAUCAGUUACUGAAAUUCCAAAUAAUCUACAUUCCACUUGAGUGAUUGGGAUCAAAGGGAAUGCUGUUUACAGAUAUAUUUUUAUAACAGCUGCUGUCGUUUUUUAUUAUGUGUUUUUGAUAUUUGAAACAAUUUUUUUAUAAUAUUUAAAAAAAUAAAAUUAUUUGGCUUGUUUACAUUUUA